AUGAACGUCUCACGGUACUUGCUGGCCCUUUUUGUUGUGGUGCGCCGGGCCGAGUCUCACUGCUCGCCCACUUCUUACUACAAAAACUGCUGGGUUCGGAGCUUCCCGGGAGUCCUCGUGGACACGGAGGCGUCCGAGAAGCGAGGGGCGCGGCUGCUGAGGACUUACCGGGAGGAGAGCGCGCUGACAUGCAGCCGCAGUUGCUGCCUGAGCCGAAAUGCAUCUUGCAACGUGGCCGUGUUUCACCACGACGCCUCGCAAGACAACUGUUGCCACCUGCACUGUCCAGCUUUGCAGAGCUGCAUCGUAAACCGCAGCACUAAUGCUGUCCUCUACAACAUCACCCACGGUAUGGAUCCAGACCUGUUGGUGUUUGGCAAACACCUGACCUCCCACGUCCACGUGAGUCACGUCAACGCCUCUGACCCGCUUCCCUUGGAUAAGCGACAAUUCUUUCAUGCACCUCCACCUGUUGCCACCCUUAAACCAACCACCUCCAGCACCACUGGCACUCCCAAAACCACCAGGAAACCCUCAACAGUCGCUCUGAAACCUCCCUCAUCAGCCAUCACCACAUUCCAGAUAACCAUAGCUCCUCCAUCCUCCCAAACCACCCCCUUUGGUCCUUACCGUGUCCCAACACCUCCUACCUUACCGUCCACAACUACCACCGACCGUCCUCAGACAUCCUCUACGUCCACAGGCGGCGAUCUGAGGAGCCACACUUUGGUUAAAGUCCAAGACACCAAUGAUCCGAGCACCCAAACAUGGGUUAAUGAGCAAGAAACCAGUGAUCUGAGCGCCCAAUUGUCUGUUAAAGAGCAUGACACCGAUGAUUUGAACACCCAAUUGUCAGUUAAAAAGCGAGAGACCAAGGAACCGAGCACCCACACAUCGGUUAAAGAGCGAAACACAAAUGAUCUGAGCAACCACUCGUUGGUUACAGAGCGAGACACUAAGGAUCCGAGCACCCAAACAUGGUUUAAAAAGCGACACACUAACAAUCUGAGCACCCAAACGUGGUUUAAAGAGCGAGACACCAAAGAUCUGAGCACCCAGAUAUCUGUUAAAGAGCAAAGCAAAAAUGAUCCAAGCACCCAAUUGUUGGUUAGAGAGAGAGAGACAAAGGAUCUGAGCACUGGAUCGUCUGUUAAAGAGCAAAACACCAACGAUCCGAGCACCCAAACAUGGUUUAAAAAGCGGCACACUAACAAUCUGAGCACCAAAUCGUCAGUUAAAAAGCAAGACAAAAAUGAUCUAAGUACGCAAACAUCCGUUAAAGAGCGAGACACCAACAAUCUGAGCACCCAAACGUCGGUUAAAGAGCAGGGCACUAACAAUCCGAGUACCCAGACGUCAUUUCAAGAGCGAGACAGUAACAAUUUGAGGACCCAGACGUCGGAUAAGGAACGAGGUUCAACGCCGGGUGGAGAAGACACCUCGGCGGAUUUAAGACCCGGGUAUCACGGCCUGCCGGUUGUGCUGGUCACCUGUGUCGCGGUAUUGCUGGGCUUUUCCGUCUGGAUGUUUGCAAACUGGAGGAUGAAGAGGAGGAGGAUGGAAUGCUACCGGACGUCCGGGAGACGACGGGCCAUGCGUGAGAUCAAGUAUGAGCUGGUCGUAGAGGGUAACAACUAACUGAAGGUUUUGAAGGGGGUUCUGAUCUGGAAUUCUCUUUUAACGGUUACAGGGGUUUUCAAACUUUUGCGUUCCUGGGACCCCUUACCAUAGAGACAUUUUUCCAAGGAAUCCUGACGCUAAUUAAACUACCAUCCAUUUUCUCUGCUGCUUAUCCUCACAAGGGUCUUGGAAAUUGAUCCUAUUCCAGCUUGCUUCUGCGAGAGGUGGGCUAAACCCUAAAUUGGUUAACAGGCAAUUGCAGGGCACAUACAGUCAUAGAACCAUUAAUAUUAAUUUAGAAUUUAGAUUAGAAUCUUUGUCGUUGGACAUAUACCCCUUUUUUUUUCUUUUUGAAAGUUUUUUUUCAUUAUUUAUA